CCUGCCCCCCAAUUCCCCCCUGCCCCCCCAGGGGUGUUCUCCUUCGGCCUGCUGGCCACCGCCAUCUUCGCCAACGCGGGGCAGGUGGUGACGGGGGCUCCGGCCCCCCACUUUCUGGCCGUGUGUCGCCCCAACUACAGCGCCCUGGGCUGCGCCCCCCCCGCCGCGCCCCCCCGCUUCGUGCCCCCCGGGGGGGCUCCGUGUGCCGGGGACCCCCCCUCGGUGGCGGCCGCCCGACGAGCCUUUCCCUGCAAGGAGGCGGCGCUGGGGGCCUACGCGGGGGCCUACGCCGGGCUGUACGUGACGCUGGCCUGGCGGGGGGGGGGGGUCGCGGCUGGCCAAGCCGGCGGCGGUUUUGGGGUUCGCGGCCCCCCCCGUUCCUGCUGGGGGCCCUGCGCGUGGCCGAGCACCGCAACCACUGGGGGGGACGUCCUGGCCGGCUUCCUGACGGGCACCGCCAUCGCCGCCUUCCUGGUGACGUGUGUGGUCGGAACUUCCAGAGCACGGGGGGGGGGCGAUGAGGGGGGGCGGGGGGGGCCCCCCAAGAGCCCCCCCGGAGCUGCCCCACCCCAGCCCCCCCUGGAGGAGAUCAGCGUCACCCAGGCGCGCCGAGCCGACUUCCCGGCCGUCACCUGAGGGACCCCGACAGCGCCCGGGGGGGCCCGGGGACCCCAACACUGCGGGGGGGGGGGGGGGGGGGGGGGGGGGCACGCGGG